CACGCAAAAAGACCCGAGCGCACAGUGAAGCACUCUGGUUCAGCGCUUCUCGAGGGGAGGAACUAAAGCCGCCUACAACUCAACAAUACAAACUUAUCCCCUGUUUUUCCUUCUUCUGCGGACUUAAACUGCACACUUUUAAAGCAACCUUUCCACAACCAAAACCAGUCGUGGCACAAACUACCGCCCGUCGAAUUCAAGGAUCCUGGUCGGUCCUCCAUGAAAGAGGGAGUGCGGCAGCAAACUUGGGGAAAAGACAUGUCUGCGACCGUCUUGUCUGCUUUCUACGACAUGGACAUGCUUUACAAGCAAGAUAAAAGCAUGAACAUGAACGCCCUCCACAUCAACAGCAUGCUGGACAAGAAAGCGGUGGGGGCUCCGGUCACGACUCCGUGCUCCGGCAGUUCCUCCUUCACACCGGGAUUUUUCCGCAGAAACUCGACCAGCAACGUGGAGGCGAUGAACAACGGCAACAAAUACUCCAUGGGCUCCUACUGCAGCCUGAAGGAGAACACACCGAGCAGCAACAGCGCCACGGCCCUCAUGAACAAGGAGAACAAGUUCCGCGAUCGCGCUUACAGCGAGAACGGUGACCGGGGCGUGCUGCAGCAGAAGCCCGGCUCUCAGAUCAACUCCACCCGCUACAAGACGGAGCUGUGCCGGCCCUUCGAGGAGAACGGGUCGUGCAAGUACGGGGAGAAAUGUCAGUUCGCUCACGGCUACCACGAGUUGAGGAGCCUGUCCCGCCACCCUAAGUACAAAACGGAGCCGUGCCGCACCUUCCACACCAUUGGUUUCUGCCCUUACGGUCCACGCUGCCAUUUUAUCCACAACGCUGACGAGCGCCGGCCCGCCCCGGCCGCCAACGCUAACGUGCAGGCGGGAGAGCCCAGGUCUGCUCGCGAGCUGUGCGGCUACAGCCACAGGGAUGUCCUGCCGCCGCAGCAGCAGCAGCUCGGCUACACCCAGAGAGACAGACCAAAGCUCCACCACAGCCUCAGCUUCUCCGGCUUCUCCACCCACCACGGACUCGAGUCUCCCCUGCUCGACAGCCCCACGUCCAGGACACCACCGCCCCCCACCACCGCCUCUUCCUGCACCUCCGUCUCCAGCUUCUACGAGGAGGUCCUCUCUCCCAACUCCAUGUCCUGCAUCAACAGUGCCUUCUCUUUCCCCGGGCAGGACUUAAAAGCCUUACUGGCCCCGCUGGCUGUGCACAGCUCCGGCGGCUACGCCAACAACCACUCCACCGGUGCCUACUACGGGAACAUGCAGAGCAGCGUGUGCCCGCCCUCCCCUCCGACCUACAACAUGAGCCACUUGCAGGCGCUGCGCCGCCUGAACGAGUCGCCCGUGUUCGACCCUCCUCCCAGCCCACCAGACUCUCUCUCUGACCGGGAGAGCUAUGCGAGCGGGUCCCUCAGCUCUACCGGGAGCCUGAGCGGCUCCGAGUCUCCGAGUCUGGACGCUGGAAGACGUUUGCCAAUCUUCAGCAGGCUGUCGAUUUCAGAUGACUAAUAAUAUUUUGUUUUCACAUGGAUUUAUGGACUGGUGAGGCAGGGUGGUUGAGGAGCCAGGGGCUGUCAGUGAGUGAGGUAGACUGUCCUUGAAGCAGAGGAUCUCGGUUAAGACCCCUUCAACCCUGGCUAUCUACCCAGUGUCAGCAGCAACCACCCUGCUGAAGUGCCUUUGCGCAAGACAUUGAAUCCCUAGCAGCUCCAGGGGUGCUGACCCUACUCUGACCUCGCUGGAGGGGGGCAAGAGAGUAGAGUUUCAUCCACAGGGAUCAAUAAAGCUUCAUACAUUUUAAAGUGUCCUUGACCUGGCAUUAGUUUAGUAUUUUUUUUUUUUUCCUUGUAUGUAAUAUAGCUGUAUUAAAACUUUAGAUAGCAAACAGAAGGCAUUCCACCGGUGCCUUGCCCAAGGGCUCAUGGUAGCCCCCUCUCCCUUUUGCUCUAUCAGGCAAGCCACACUUUUCCUGGGAUUAGAUGUGUGGGUAACAUGACUUGACAAGAAGAAGAGACUGUAAGCGGUUUUCAGAUUUCCUCUCAUCCUGCCAAGAAUAUGCCUUGACUCAAAGUAACUUUUUUUUUUUUUUCUUUAUCAAAGUGUUUGUUUUUUUUUCCUUUCCUCUCUGAAAGCUUCUUCCAUUCCAGACCUGUCUUCUCCCAGCGCCACCCAGUGGUUCGUUUGGUUAGUCUAGUUUGUUGCUUGGUGAAAAAGCACUCUUGAGUUGGGUUUGUUUGGGGAAAUCACUGCUGAUGGUUGAGUAUAUAUUUUUUUAGCUGUUUUUGAGUGAUUUACAUAGCUGUGCAUAACUGGCUAUGGACUAUUUAACUUAUUUAUUAUCUUGUGAAAAAAGUAUAGGCUACAUUGGUAAUUUGUGUCCAUACUGUAUUUAUCAAGUAUGAUGAAGCAAUAGAUCUAUAUUCUUUUAUGUUUAAAUUAUGAUCGCCAUUAUUAAUCUGCAUAAAGUGGAGUGUAUGUUCUUUUCACAGUAAUAUAUAUAUUGUUUUUUUUUUUCUCCUUUUUUUUUUUUUUUUUUUUUUUUUUUUUUUUUUUUUUUUUUUUUUUUUUUUUUUUUUUGUAACUUCACUUGGUUAUUUUUAUUGUAAAUGAGUAAAAAAAAAAAAUCUUAAUUUAAGAGAACAUAUGUGAUAUUUAUUUCAUUAAUUUUGUUUCCUUGUUUACGUUUAUUAAAAGUUUGCGUGAUUGCUGUUUGCUCCGGAGGUUGUGUCAGUGCUGUAGAAGGCUUUUGUUUUUUUGUUUUGUUUUUUCUUGAGGAUCCCUAUUUUAGAUGUUUCUGUAGAAUGUAUAAACAGUGUGGUUGUACAGACCGUCCAAACCUUACUUCUUUUGUUGAUCUAGAUCAGACUUCAGUGACAAAGAAUCCAAGUCAAUAAAUUAACCAAAAAGUAUUUUUGUUCUUUCUCUUUGUUUGCACGAGGUCACACUGUGAUUCCAGCCACGUGCUAAAGAAUGUAGCAAUCCCUUGUGCCCCAGUAUUAUUGUGUAGUGCCUACGGGGUUCACCAUCUUGACAUGCCUUUAAAAUUAACCAAAUAAAGUAUUUUCCUACACAGGCAUCUUUUUAUACACAGGUUGAACUGAAUGUAGUGUUGGAUUCUGAAAAUUUUUUUUGUAUUUUUUUUUUUUUUUUCAAAGGUUGUUACCACUCAGACACUCUCGAUGGAAACAACCGCAACCUUUCUAAAUCCCUCUUCCUCUUAUAAGUUCCUUUUUGCUCUUGUUUUUCUUAUUUUGAUAUUGAAAUCUAGUCUGAGUCUUGAUAGUUUGAUGGAGAGGGAAGUGGAUAAACACGUUUGGUUUGUACAUAGUAGGUACAGGGGGAUGCGCACUAUGUACUUUUGACUACUUUAUCAGAAGUAAAGCUUUUUGAAUGUAACAAAACGGACAAAAAGACAACGAGAGUUGUAAUAUUUUUGGGGGGAAUCAGUUCACUACAAAUUGAGUGUGAGACUGUUAACUUUGUACUGUACAUUUUUUUUGUAGUUCUCCCAAUAAAAUUCAUUUUGAAAAAGC